AGCAUUGAAAAUGGCGAAACAAAAUUGAAGUUAGAUAAAAAGGGGACAGGAGUGUCACCCUGUCCAUGCGAUUCCUCGAUUCAUUCAUUAUUCAUAUACACACCACGAUUCCUUUUUAGGGUUUCAAUUCCAAUUUCUAUUUCGUUUUUUUGUCUCUUCUACACAUAUAUACAUCGAAUAUGUAUAUAUACAGUAGCUGAGUUGCAGUUACAAGCUGCCAUUAACAUAGAUAGACCUUUCAUCUUCAUCUACACAGAGUGAUACAGAAAAAGAUGAGGAGAGGGAGGUGUUAUCUUGAUAUUAGCAUUAAUGGAGAACUAGAGGGAAGAAUAGUGGUGGAAUUGUUUACUGAUAUUGUCCCCAAAACAUCCGAGAAUUUCAGAGCACUCUGUACCGGAGAAAAGGGUGUUAGCCCUAUCACCGGCGUUCCCCUUCACUAUAAGGGAGUUCGAUUCCACAAGCUCAUCAAAAGCUGUAUGAUCGAAGGCGGCGACAUUUCUUCAGGUCAUGACACUAGUGGAGGAGAAUCGAUCUAUGGUUCAAACUUCGAAGAUGAGAAUUUCGAAAUGAAACAUGAAAGAAAAGGAAUGUUAUCAAUGGCAAACUCCGGCCCCAACACAAACGGAUCUCAAUUUCUCAUCACUACAACUCGCACUCCUCAUUUAGAUGGAAAGCAUGUUGUGUUUGGAAGGAUAGUUAAAGGAAUGGGAGUUUUGAAGUCAAUUGAACAUGUUCCUACUAGCGACAAUGAUUCCCCCACUUUAGAUGUUGUAAUUGCAGAUUGUGGAGAAAUCAAAGAAGGUGAAGAUGAUGGAAUUGGGAAUUUUUUCAAAGAUGGAGAUGUGUAUCCUGAUUGGCCUGCAGAUAUCGACAAUGGUUCUGUUGAACUUUCUUGGUGGUUGGAUGCUGUUGAUUCAAUCAGAGCUUGUGGAAAUGAAGCUUUCAAGAAGCAAGAUCAUAAAAUGGCUCUCAGAAAGUAUAAGAAAGCUGUGCGAUAUUUGGAUCUCUGUUGGGAGAAAGAAGGAAUCGAUGAUGACCGAAGUAUUUCUCUUGGGAAGAAAAAGGCUCAGAUAUUCACAAAUAGUGCUGCUUGUAAGUUAAAAAUAGGUGAUGCGAAAGGAGCAUUGUUGGACACAGAAUUUGCUUUGCGUGACGGUGGAAACAAUGCGAAAGCUUGGUUUCGCCAAGGUCAGGCACAUAUGGCACUCAAUGAGAUAGAUGCUGCAAUAAAUAGUUUCAAGAAAGCAAAAGAUUUGGAACCAAAUGAUGGUGGAAUAAGAAGGGAACUCAAUGCUGCAUUGAGGAAGGAGGCUGAUAGAGUUGAGAGAGAGAAGAAGGCAUACUCCAAGAUCUUCUCAUAGUUAUGUGGGACCUAUUUUUUCAUUAAUGAGGGUCGUAAAUUUUGUCGGAUUCUUCCCUUUUAUAGUCGGGUGUUUCCUACGAAUUUUAAAAUGUAGAGAAUUGAGAAUUUUAUAGAAACUUGUUUCGAAUUGGAUUGAAUCAAAUAAAGUGUACACAAAAUGUAUUAUUGGGUGUGGUGUAUUUAAGAUGUAUUUAAAUGGUGUGAGUUGCAUCUUUCAAAA